AUUAAAAAAAAAAGCAACUUUGAGAUCAGCGGGUACUCAACAAAAUGUGGAUUAUAUAUUCCGCAAUCCCCAGGCCUGAUACACCAAUGUCAUGUAUCGUAUGGAUCAACAACCAAUGUGCUUCAUUCAUUGUGUAGUAUCAUGGUUGCACAACAUGCCAUCACAGUGCAGGAGCCAGCACCAGCAGGCCGCAGCGUGUUGAGGCCCAUGGCUGGCGCGCGAGCCACCGCGGGUCCCUGACGUGACGUCAAGCAGACACUUGCUGUUCCCGCGCUUUUCCCGCACAGUGCUGGGGACGGUGGAGUGUCGGCGGGUCGUGGCUGUGCUGAGUGAACGUGUUCCGCUGCGGGGCACUCGUCCUGGCGGCCCUGAAGGCGUACAGGGGCAGGCGCUGAAUGUCUCUGGCAGGGAGGCCACUACUGAGACUUUUGUUGUGCUGCCGUGAAUCAUGGACAACAAGCAGAUGUUGAUAGGCAUGGCGGCUCCUUCUGCAAAGAAGCGAGUGGAGUCUUACCAAAAUAUAUCCAAACUGUCAGCUGAAGCAGCCAAAGCAUUGAAUUGGAGUGGCUGCAUGUCCUCUGCUGAGACAAAGAAGGCCUUCAUCAAUCUCAAGAAUGAUCUCAGUAGUCAAAAUGAGGAGGAGGUGUAUGAGGCAGCUGGUGCCUGCGUCCAUCUCCUCGCCAACCAGUCCAUCCUUCUACAAGUUGACACCUCCUGCCAGAAGGCUCUUUGUGACAUUCUUAUGAAGAUACUAAAGACACACAAAAAGAAUAAUCUAACUACCAGAAUCCUCCAGAGUCUUGCCAAGAGCAGAUUCAGCAAAGAAGUUUAUCUUACCAAUCUUAAGGAAAACUUUGAUACCCUCGGUGGGCUUCUACGGACUGUGGAUAUACCAGUAGCUGUGAUUCUUGAAACGCUGCAGGUCAUGUUAGUCUUUUUCAAUGCUAGUCCACUCACAUCAGUCGAGUUAGCAGAGUCGUGGUUCCCUACUGUGUUCUCAGAAUUGUUCCACACCCAUGUCAAGGUUCGGAAAGUUGCUGUAAUUGUUAUCAACCACAUCGGAGAGGCCUUGAACAAACUGCCGAAUGAUAGUGCAAGGGGCAGACUUGUUAACACAGUGCUUGGGGACCUCAAGAAGAAGUACUGCUCCAAGGACAUGAUGAACUUGCUCUACAACAAGCAGUAUGACGUCUUCCGUGUUUGGCGCACAGUAGUGACUCUGUUUGACACCCAGCUCCAUGCAAGUAGAACGUUAAUCAACAAUCUCCUUGAAGUGAUGGACAAGGCCUUCAAGUGUACGCUCUCUGAAGUAAAGGUGGAGGCUUUCCUUUGCUGGCGCACAUUAAUAGACAACUUCGCACUCAGUAGAGAUGCAAUAAGCAAUCCCAGGAAGCUGCACCUGUUAAUUAGUCCCUUUAAGCUAAAGAAUGUGAAGACAGAAGAUGUUUUCAAUAUGAAGUUGCUCACCUGGUGGCAUUUAGUGUGUGUCAUGUCAGAUAAAAACUGUUUAGUACCCAAUUUUGACCUGGUUGUGGUGCCCCUCCUCCACUUUUGCUUCAUCAGUGGGCCCAUCUUGGAGAGUAGUAAGGGUGGAAUCAGCAACAGAAACCUUAUCAUGUCCGGUGCCCUUUCCCCCCCUGGCCGAUCCUUUAGCAGUCUUCACUGUACCUCUGCUGAAAUAUUGGUUCAGCUUCUUGCUACUGAGAACAACAGCUCAAAGAUCACACUCUCAGUCCAAGCUAUCGGGGAGCACGUCAUAUCCAGUGCACUGUUUUUACGACAUUAUCCGCUGUUAAUGAAGUGCUUUGGUGAGGCCAUACAGACCCUAAACUUCAGUGACACGCAGCAGAAAACCCUCGGGAUCUUUCUGUUUCGUUCUUUGUUAACGCGCAUCAAGGCUGUUGCUGCCCCGGAUGUGCAGAAGAAGGAGGCAGUGGACGUGGUGAGGGAGUUGUUCAGCACACUGUCGCACAUUGAGAGCCACUGCGAACCGGAGAGCUCCAAUUGCCACUUCCUCUUUGAAUUUUACAACAUCCUGACCAUAGGGAGUCUGGCACUGCCAAAUAAAAUCUUCAACUCCCAUCAGUACCGCAUUGCCUCAUCUGGCGGUGGGGGUGCCCGGGACGUGAUGUGUGGCACCCUCAGCAACCACCUGGUCACGCAGUUGUGUUCUCCGGCCCUUCUCCAAAAUGCUCUCACCAACCAGAGGUUCUUCACUCUGUGGGAAACCGUGCUUGAAAACAGCCAACCAGUCACGGGGAAGCUGAGGUUCCUGGAGGACACCAUCCAGGAAAUGAGUGCCUCUGCUCUCCCCUUCCUCUGCCCCGAGCACCCGGCCGUCAUGUGUCGCCUCUGGGGAACGGUGCUGAACCAGACAGUGGCACACAUUGAAGAGACCAAGACUGUUGAGGCAGAUGAGGGGGAGCCAGACUGGAGCUGCAUCUACAGUGUUCUCCAGUUCCCCGUCAUCCAUGCUACCGACGCUUUUGUCUGCUGCCAGGUCACAAUAUAUGAGGACAUUAUGGAACUCUGGAGGAGACUAUGGGAGAAGUUCAUCCUUUUUGCCCGGGCCACACCCACGGUAGAGCCCAACAUUGAGAUGGAGGAAGUGGCCUCCACUCUCCUUGCCCUCUGCCAGAGUAAGGGAACAGAGGAGCCCGAUGUCAGUGCACCCAUGUACUUUUUGAUUGUGGAGGUGCUGGCACUCCUCACGGAAACCUUUGCCUACUCCAAGCUGGGCAAGGGGCCAGCAGAGCUGCCCUCCAGCCCAGCAAAACCCAAGAGGAAGCCACAUCCUCUCCACAACCUGGGCGCUUGUGUGGAGUUGACAGCUCUGGUGUUUGAGAGAGUGUGCACCAUGGUGACCAGACAGCGCAACCAUAUGGCUGAUAAAAUAUGCCAGGCUUCCAUCAACAUGAUGGAGGGCAUUCUUAAGGCACCCAUGAAAUAUGUCAAGCAAUUCCUUGUCCAUAUUGUGAAGAUAAUGUCAAGGUGCCUGAGGGUAAAUCCUGCCGUAGUGUUUGACUUCCAUGUGGAGCAGCGGUUUGUUGACAUGCUCAAGUGCUUCUCUGGACUCAUCGAGGCCUACGUCACCCAGGAGGGAGUCACUGAGAGUUCACUGGAGCACCUCAGUAGCCUUGAGUCACUAUUUACUGUAGCCUUCACCUCCACCAAUGACAAGGUCAAGCUGGAGGUUCACAAAUUGCUGAAUGUAUGUGUUUCGUCCAUCCCUGUGGCUGGCCUGGAGGUCCCGUCCCUACUCCUGGAGGUGCAGAGGAAGUGGGACCAAGCCAGCGUGACUCAUGAGUCCAUUGAGGACUUUAUUGAGGCCACCCCAAAAGGAAGGUCAAGCAGAAGAUCAAUAAAGCUUCUGGAAAAACCCCGCCGUGGCCCCAGCAGGAACUCUACCCCAAAAAGUAAUCCGUCCUCUGCCACCAAGAAAACAGACAGGAACAAGGAUGGGAAUGGCAGUGCAGCAGCAGCAACACCCGGGCAGCUCAGUGUGAAGCUUAUGAAGAGCAGGAACAGACGCCUCUCCUCCUCCAGUUCUGUUGACGGUUCUGCUUCCCCCGUUCCUUCUGAUGCUUCUGUCUUCCUUAGCUGUGAAGAUAUCUCAGAAGGGGUGGGCACCAGUACGGCUGUGGACGGCAUUCCUGUAGAGAGGGUUCGGAAGACUAGGAAAGGAGCAAACUCUCAGCAGAACAAAGAGGAAAAACACACAGCUGAAUCACAGGAGGAAGAAGACAAUAUCAAGACAGUAGUGCCAAAAGAUUCAGAUAAAGCCAACCACGCGGAUGAUGGUGCAACUAUACAAACGGAAACUGCAAGUACUACAUUUAGAAAGUCCUCGCGUAAGAGAUCAGUCAAAAGUAAUCUGAACAACUCCAUAAAUCUCUCCAAGGGUGAAGGUAAUAAGAGCCAAGAUUCCAUUACUGUGUUUGCCCCUCGCAGCACAACCAAAGAUAAGAAUGACAAGGAUGGUGAGACUCAGGCCCAGAACUGUUCAAAGGAAAAUGUUGGCAAGACUGAUGAAGAAAAUAUGCUUCACGAUGAUGUUUUUAGGAGGAAGACAUCCAAAGACGAUUUAUCCUCACCUGACCAAGGGAUCUCAGUUGAGCAACUAAAACCAAACAUUCUCAAAGCUUUAAAUAAGACACCCCAAGCUGAGAGUUCCAUCAGAAGUAAAAGGAUAAACUUCAUGAAGGUGAGCGUGUCCCCAAGUGUUGUUAAGGAUGUCAAGAUAGUUGAGAAGCAGCCCAAGGUUGAGAUUUCAUUUAGCACUGAUCCUGAUAUCACUGUGUCAGAGAGUGACUCUGAGAAUGAGAUCCCGAGUUCCUUGGAGGUGAACAGUUCUAUUUCAAGGAACUUAACAUGUCUCUCAGAGAAUAACACUUCUGGGAAAGUUCAGUUAAAGGAAAAGUUGCCAGUUGAGUGCCAAGAUGAACCCAUGGAAUGCAGCAAAUCUGGUGGCAUCUCAACGAGCGGGAAAAGAAAGCGGAAACUCUUUGAUGAAGGAGAACAUUCAAGUGGCAGCCGUAGAAAGAAAACUGCAAGGAUGAGUAGUCAAGAUGAGAGUGACAGUGCAAGCCUUGAUGCGUCUGUAAUGACCGAUUUGCCUGACCUUAGUUUUGAUUUUUCAACAAGCACAACAGAAAAUAAAGCAGACGAUGCUCAACCCAUCACACCAAAGAAAACUAGAAAAAGCACAGCAAGUGAAACGAAGGUGAGCUCAAGAAAAGUUGAAGACCUUGCAAACAUGAAUGAAGAGAGUCCAGCUAAAAGAGCUAAAGGAGGCCCAACAAGGGAUCAUAAAAGAGGAUCAGCGAAAGAAAGUAACGAGUCCUUUACCAAGGAUAACAUGUCUACAGAGAUGGAAGAAAAGAGCAAAACUAUGUCUGCAUUCUCUCCUAAAGUCACUCGCUCUGGACGCAAGAUUGUCCCUCCCAACAAGGACAUGCCUCAGCCCAUGACCCCGCCCAAGACAUCAAAAAGAAGACUUCACCAGAGAGGCGCCUCAGAGACAGAGAAAGACCCCAAUGAAGGUUCUAGCACAGACUUUUUUGACUUAAACAACUCUGCCCCAAAUUGUGAUGAUAAUAGUAAAUCUGUUUUAUCAGUAACGACAGACUCCGAAAUUGAAAACGAGAAGGAAGUUGAUAAUGAGGCGACUGAAAGAGGUCACAAAGAUAGUUGGGAACACUUGGAAGACAGGACCAGUGAAAUUAAAGAUUAUUCUGAUGACUGUAUUAUCCUUGAUGAUGAUGACGUUCCCUCUGUUAAAGAAGGAAAAAGACAUGAAGCAAAGAGUUCUGACAUUCGAACUUAUAUGAGGAGAAGAUCGUCAGCCCCCAAACCUUCAGAGUCACAGAAACACGACUCCUCUAAGGCACCAGCUCAGUGUGUGGGGGGAAAAGAGUCCUCAGGCACCAUCACAUUAAGCUCCGGGGACUCGGUUCAGGAGCAGUCGGCGAAAAGUUCAGAUAGCCGGGAAAGUGAAAACCAGAGCCUGAACAUUGCUGCCCUGAAAUCUGCUCUCCAGGAAAAGAAGCAGAGUUCAGAUGAACCUGCCGGUGAGGGGAGCCUUGACGACACCGAGAGCAACAGUUCCAAGGCAGACAAAUCAAAAUCGGAGAAGGCUGUGGCAGAAAAGGACGAACGGCAACCUCACAGAGAUGUAGAGAAGGAAGGAGGCGUGAAUCAGUCUGAAGAUUCACUUGAGCAACAAAAAACAACUGACGAAUCCACGCCAAUGGAAUGUGCCCAAACCCUUGUGGAGGAGGUGACUUACCCAAUAAGCAGCCGAGGAACCGAGGCCCUGGAUGACAGUGGAGGGAACGAGACUCUGCAUAAGGGCAGGGAAAUAGUAUCGGAAGACAAAGACGAGGAAGAGGAGGAGUCUGAGGAUAGCGAUGAAGAAGACGGGAAGGAAACGGAAGCCAAAGAUGUAGCUGGUGGCCCUCCUGAGUCUCCUGCCGAGUCAGAAAGUGAUGAGGAGGAAGAGGAAGAGGGUGAUGAGUCCCCAUGUGAAGAUAACGAGGAAGUGGAUCGCCCAGACAGUCCACUCGCUCAAGAUCUGGAAGUGGAGGAAGAAGAGUGCAUUAGUGCUGGUCAGGAAGUGGAGAAGGAAGAGGAGAACAUGAAUACAGAAGCAACAGUUGGUAACACAAAUGGAAAACAGCAAGAAACAACUGGCCAAGAAACACAAGAACCAGAGGAAGAGGAAGAUAAAGACAAAACUGACCAAGAAAGUGAAAGUUCAGAUGAAGACAGCACCAGUGAUGAGAAGAAAUCAGAACAGGAGGUGGAAUCAGGAAAGAUCACCAGUCCACCACCAGAAGAAGAGACGAGUGUAGUUAGUAAGCCUUCAGAGGUGGAGGAAACAGAUGCCCCUACUUGUGAGAAACAGGGCGACUCGGUGAAAGAUGGAAAUGAUCAGGAGGAGAUGGAGGUUGAGAGUGAGUCCGCUGUUUCCGAAGAUGCGCAGGAGGUCGAGGAUGCCAACUCAAGACCAAGCACAGAGGAGAAAGACAACAGCGAAACAGAGCACAAGGAUAAGGAUGAUGAGGAACCACAAACUACAUCUGAUGGCCCACAGAAUAAGCUGGAAAAAGAAAAGGCAUUGGUUAGUGGCUCGGAUAAGGUGCAGAAAGAAAAGGCAUUGGUUAGUGGCCUAGAGGAUAAGCUGGAAAAAGAAAAAGCAUUGGUUUGUGGCCUAGAGGAUAAGCUGGAAAAAGAAAAGGCAUUGGUUGGUGUCUCACAGGAUAAGGUGCAGAAAGAAAAGGCAUUGGUUAGUGGCUCACAGGAUAAGGUGCAGAAAGAAAAGGCUUUGGUUAGUGGCCCAGAGGAUAAGCUGGAAAAGGAAAAGACAUUGGAUAGUGGCUCACAGGAUAAGGUGCAGAAAGAAAAGGCAUUGGUUAGUGGCUCACAGGAUAAGCUGGAAAAAGAAAAGGCAUUGGUUAGUGGCUCACAGGAUAAGCUGGAAAAAGAAAAGGCAUUGGUUAGUGGCUCACAGGAUAAGCUGGAAAAAGAAAAGGCAUUGGAUAGUGGCUCACAGGAUAAGCUGGAAAAAGAAAAGGCAUUGGUUAGUGGCUCACAGGAUAAGCUGGAAAAGGAAAAGGCAUUGGUUAGUGGCUCACAGGAUAAGGUGCAGAAAGAAAAGGCAUUGGUUAGUGGCUCACAGGAUAAGCUGGAAAAAGAAAAGGCAUUGGUUAGUGGCUCACAGGAUAAGGUGCAGAAAGAAAAGGCAUUGGAUAGUGGCUCACAGGAUAAGGUGCAGAAAGAAAAGGCAUUGGAUAGUGGCUCACAGGAUAAGGUGCAGAAAGAAAAGGCAUUGGAUAGUGGCUCACAGGAUAAGGUGCAGAAAGAAAAGGCAUUGGAUAGUGGCUCACAGGAUAAGGUGCAGAAAGAAAAGACAUUGGAUAGUGGCUCACAGGAUAAGGUGCAGAAAGAAAAGGCAUUGGUUUCAGAAAAUGUGGAGAGCAAUGAAGAAGUUGAAGAAGCAUCCAGUGUGGUGGAAGACGUGGAUGAAGGUGACAAGUCCCUUCCCAAGGACGUGCCUGAGCUGAGUGUUGGUGACAGUGGUCUUGGUGAGGGAAGUAAAGUGGAGUCACAAAUUGUACCAGAAAAGGAACUGUCAGGAUCAGAAAAUAAUGACAUGGAAGUAGAAAUCAGUGAACAAGAGUCUACCGAUUCAUUAAGAAGAGAAACUGAAACUAACAAGUCUUCCUCUGACGGUGCUUUGGUACAGGCUGAAGAGGCCGCCCCCAGUCACAAAGAAAAUGGUGUUUCCGUAGAGGCAGGCGUGAGUUCUGAAAGGACUGACACUGCUGAUGGGACAGCCACUAGUCCUAGAAAGGCUGCCAAGUCUAAAGUUGACCCAAGACGGACUGUUCAGGUGAAGGAGACGGGCAAGCUGAUGAGAGUUUCUAGUCCAAACCAGACCAUCCAGGCCAUGACCGCAACCCCUUUGAGCAGAGGCAAGGAGCCCACCGAGAGCAGUGUUGUGGGUACGGAGAAGGCCGAGGAGCCGGGUGAGGGCGAGUCAGACCCUAAAGUUGUGCAGGUCACCGAGAGAACGUCAACCGAAGCAGCAUCAGCAUCCGAGGCGACCACAGGCAGCAGCAGCACUACCCCCAUGCCGAGUGAAGCCUCAGAGGAACCAGCACCCAGCGUCAGGCAGCAGGAGGAGGAGCUUUCCCCAGACAAGUCAUCACGGUCGCGGCUGAAGCUGACUGUGAGUACCCCGGAGAGGCUGAAGCGCGGCGCCCUCAUGCACGCAGGGUCCCGGGCGGCCCUGCUGGUGGCCUGUGCUAAGCAGAACAUCAAGAACAGAGGUGGCGGAGAGACCGAGUCCACUUCAGGUGUUCUCACAGAGUCAGGGCGGUCCCGGUCACUGGGUUCAUCCCCCACCCGGAGGAGCGCCCCCAGCCGCCCAUCCCCGGGACACUCCCCUGACAGCCGCAGACGCAGCCACCUUGACACCCCUGGGAUGAGGCCUUGGAUGAAGCACUCCCCCUCCCCCGGUGCUUCCCCCUCCACCAGCAUCCUGAAGAGAACGCUGCUCACUGAUGGCACAGAUGGAGACACGCCCUCACCCCCUCACAAGUACCGGCGGGUGAGCUUUGCUGACCCCCCUGUCUCAGAGCGCGUGGAGAUCCCCCCCUCGCCCCGCACCCUCAAAGGCAUCAGGGCGCAGAAGAGGCUGGACAUGACUCGCAUGGCCUCGCCGACGAAAGACUCCGAUGCACAGCCUGUCGAGAACCAAGAGCCAUCGCCGGACAAAGACCCAGAGGUGCUGGACUACGAGAACCCAAUCUUCCCUGCGCUGCGUACCUGCCCGGACAAGGUGGAGCAGGUGGCGCAGUACCUCACCUCACCUGCCACGUUGCCGGGUCUGCUUUUUGUGUUAGAGCGGGAGGAGGUGUUCACGGUGGGGCAGCUGGCGAAAAUGACUGAGUUAUCCAUUAGCUUCCUUCCUGUCAAGGCUCCGAAGGUCGUCAACAUGCGUAGGGCUCUUAGGGACUAUGAGAAGACCCAGCCAAGACAUCCACCCGACCUCUGCGAAUCACGAAACACACGAGAAACUGAUCCAGACUCAGAAAUGGGGGAGCAAAUGUUUCCGAUGUCAGGGAUUGAACCCUCGACCAGCCAGGCAGACCUCUCAGACUUCUCAACCAGUUGGCCAAAGAGAGAGAGAUCACGUGCAAGCACCCCGGUCAAGGACGACGUGGAGCAGACACUGGCGAAGAUGUUUGGGGAGCUUGACCGCGACGACAAGGAGAACCGCCGGCCGAACCAGCAGGACUGUGUGGCCGACCCGGUUGUCAUGACUGAGGUUGAGGUCAGGGAGAGUUCCGGGCGAGCCUCUCACUCCGACAACAUACAGGAGAUAAUGGAGAUGGAAGAUAUUACACCGCUGGAUGCCACGGUGGAUGACACAGAAGCCGGGGCGCUGAAAUCCCUGUACAGGAGAGCGAGCGAGCAGGACCGGGAUGCACAGAAGAGGCUGCUCCACCACCUCCUCCUGGUCCUGCCUCCUCGGGAUGUAGCGGAGGCCAUCGCCGAGAGUAUCAAAGCUCGGAUGGAUGUCCCUGCCGCCGCCUCCUCCUCCUCUUCCUCCUCCUCUACCAAUACCACCACAGCAUCAUCCACCUCCAGUACAUGAUAUCGAGCGGAUUGACACACACACACAUACGCACACACACACACACACACACACACACACACACACACACACACACACACUUGCUUUUUUUACCAAUUUAGCAUGAAGUAAAUUGAAACCCACGCACAUAACCCCCACACACACACACACACACACACACACACACACACACACACACACACACACACACACACACACACACACACACACACACACACACACCAUCGAUACUCGUGCCUUUACUCUCAUUAAUGCAUUUGUAAUCUAUUGUAUUUACUAAGUACAAAGCUUUAAGUUACUAGGCUACCUUUACGCCCACAGAACUAUCACUGCUCCGACUGCCGGGCAUCUCGCUGACGAACAAAGAAUGAUAUGGUAGGAUUAGGUGCGGAGAACUGACUUGUUUGUAUAUAUGUUAAUGUUUUGUGUGUGGAUGUGAAGGGUGGAAGUGAUGGAAGUUGCAUGUUUGGAGAUAUGGAGGUGGUAGGUGAAGACGGACCAUUUCUUGUGUGUGUAUAUAUGUUAAAUUUUUGCAUGUACAAGUGAAGGGUGGAAGGGACAGUGUGAAGGAAGUUGAAUGAUUGAACUGAAUGAGAGAUCUGUAGAUGUGAAAGUGGUGGGAGAAGAUGAGGCGGACCACUUAAUGUAAGAGUAUAAGGAGGGAUAUAAGGGUCACAAAACCAGUUGGAAGAUGCAGAUGUUGAAGCCGUGACAACAAAAAUGGGUGUGAGGUGCAUGAGUACGAGAAACAACAUGAAGUGCGAUGAUCAAUUGAUUUUUUCUUGAAGGUAUAAUCCAGUGAAUGUUUCUUUGUAUAUAUUUUUACUGCUUGAUAUUGUGAUUGCUAUGCCAGUUAUAUUGUUAUACGGAAAGGGAGCGGCAUGCAUCAACAUUACUUUUUUUCACCUAAGGCUAGGACGUAUCACUCAAGGCAAUGAUGGGUUAUAGUAUCUAUCAUACAUUAAAGACUUUUUUUGUAACAUG